UUUGGUUUGAAGCCACCCAAAUAUUUUGGAACAUGUGACUGACGGGGGUUUCUCGUUGCUCAGGUGUUGCCUUUGAGCUUGAUUGCUUAAACAUUAGUGCUUGUUUUGGGGUUUGAGUUUUUACCUGUGAAAACUGCGUUGGAUGUUAAGCAAACAAAGGCCAGAGAGCUGUCUAGGGGAGAAAAGCAUUUUCCUUUUGAAGGGAAAAUCAAUCAAACAUUUGGCAUAACAACACAACAAUUUGGAAUGUCCUGAGAAAGAGAGAAACUACUGGCAUACGGCGCAACAGACAUCGAACAGGUCGGCCAAGGAUAUCGACGGCAGUGGAUGACGGAAGGGUUGUGAGCGCUGUGAAGAAACACCCAAAGACAGACAACCUUGGCCAGAUCUGUGCCCGGUCACAAUUCUGUCUCUGGGCUCUUCGGGCAGUUCCUUUGACCUCAUGAUCCUCAUUUGCUCUGACGUUGAUCGACAAGGGUGUGGCUUUCCUAAUCAAGUCCAAUCAGUAUAAUCAAACACAGCUGGACUCCAAUGAAGGUGGAGCACCAUCUCCAGGCUGGUCAGAACAAAUGGACAGCACCCGAUUUCAUAUAUGAAAGGGUCGGAAUACUUCGGGCUGUGUGAUAUUGGAGUUUUUCUUGAAUAAAUCUGCACACAUUUUAACAAUUCAUUUUUUUUUCUGUCAAUAUGGGGUGCUGUGUGUACAUUAAUGAGGAAAAAAAUUUUACUUAAAUGAUUAGCAAAUGACUGCAAUAAAAUUUACGGGGGUCUGAAUACUUUCGCGCCAUGUGGGUGACCAAUCGGUCUCUGCAUGAAACUUUCUUUUUACUUUCCCAAAAUAUCCUUUAUUGAUUUAUGUAUUCUGGAAUGUGCUUCCAUCAUAAACACCUGCUCACGAGCAAAACGUUUUGUCACCUUGUCUCCUUUUUCUUCAAAACUGCGAAGGAGCCCCGCAUGCGCACAGAAGAGGAUGAGACGAGGCCCAGCGCGCGUGAGCCUGGAAAGUUCGGCGAACGUUUCCCUCCACCAGCGCUUCUCUCAGGUGCGGGCUGAGCAAACGAUGCGGACCAACAUGGCGGCCGCUCCCAAGUCGGUCCUCCUAUUGGUGGAUUCCACGUCUUCAUUCAAUCUGCAGGCGUGUAGCGUCUUGCAGGUCGGGGUGCCGUGCGCCUCGCCGGCGGUCGCGACUCCGCCCACCGGGCGUGCGAGCGUGUGGACCCGGCUGGGCUGGAGGCAGCUCGGCUACUGGACCUUCCGGAACAAGUACGGCUGGAGAGCCAGGUGCCGCCGCGCCGCCUUCAGGAGAGCAGGAAGCAGCGGAAGACCGGCUCGGCGACGCCCCGCCGCAUCCGCCACGUUCCGGAAAGUAGCUCCGGGCGGAACCCCGCCGGGAGCGGCCCGUCUUUUCCGUCGGAACGGGCCGAGGGGGCGGAGCCGAGACGUGCUCACCAAAACGGAGCUGGACGCAGAACUGGACAGCUACAUGGCCCGGUCCAAGACCCGGCUGGACGCCGAAUUGGACCAGUACAUGUCCAGGUCCAAGAGUCGGCUGGACGCCCAGCUGGAGGAGUACAUGGCGCUCGCGGGGCAGCCGCUGCCCUGGUGGGACUGAACUCCGGCCGCUUGGGAUCGUCCAAUGGGAACGCUUCCUCACUUUUCGUCGUUUCCUUUUGUUUCCCUGCGAUAGCGUCCGCUAAGCACGUUAGCUGUUUCCUUUGACUUGCUCCUGUGUUAGCAUUGUUAGCUUCCUCCUAAGUUCUUUUCAUUAUGAGGGGAACAAAAUGUAUGGCCGAGAAUUUUGGCAAAUCUUUCGAAUUAAAAGACGAGGAAAAAAUGA